UCUUCCUAUAGUCUUAUCACAUUUCACCUGACAACAUGACAUUCAAGGCAUUUGUACUGGCCGCCAUUGUGGUCGCCGCUAUCGCCCUUCCUGAUAGUCAACCUACAUAUGGAUACCCUGCCCCUACUCCCGCCUAUGCACCUGCCAAGUACGACUUCAACUACGCUGUAAACGACCCACCAUCUGGUAACGACUUCGGACAUCAGGAAGCCCGUGAUGGAGACAACACACAGGGAUCCUACUACGUCCUUCUUCCCGACGGUCGUCUUCAGAGGGUGACCUACAAUGUGAACGGAGAUUCCGGUUACGUGGCUGAUGUCACCUACGAGGGAGAGGCUCUGUACCCCACCCCAAAGGCCUCCUAUGGGCCUCCCCAGCCUUCUUACAAACCGCCUACCCCCUCCUAUGCUUAAAU